AUAAGCUACACGAAGCAUGGUCGUUUCUCCAUGAACACUGUAUGUUUACUCGUUUACCUCUGCAACGUUCUUGCGGCGCGUGGCUUAUUUUAGGCCUUUAUUCGAUCGUUAUUGAGUGUGUUGAGUAUUAAAUUUGUGUUCGGUACGGCUUCUAUACAGUGGCUUUCCUUAUUUUUCUUGACUUGUCCUGUCGUAUAUGCUGUGCCAGUUUUAUAAACAGAGAAACGAGGAUAUUAACCUCUCGCAGCAAAAAAUAUAUCGUAGAUGAUGCACAACCAGGAUGCAGCAAGAAUAUGUAUCAAGAAGAACAAAGAAUAAUAUCCUCAAUUCCUCGCAAAGAAACAUUACUAACAACAUCAAACUAUAUCGGUGAAAGUGAAUUCGAAAAACUAGUAAUACGUGACUUAAUCAAAAUAAAAUUUGAUGUUAAAGAAAUACGGGAUGUUUUAGUGCCAAUAGUACAAGAUAUUUUAAAUAAUCCUCAAGAAAACUUUCGCAAAAGGAACAUCAGGCACGCAAGACAGGAAGAAGAAUUGGAAAAUAUUCUGCCUACAUUUCCAUUCACAAUUAUGCAGGAUUGGUAUGAUCUAGAAACGUUGUUGUCUAAUAACACGGUCGCGUGUGAACAACUUGAAAAAAUGUUUUCCACUCGAGGUGGAAAAGAUGGCAACGAUAUGAUAAGACGAAUACUUGGAGCUGUGUUUAAUCCACAACUUUCAGCGAUGAUUUCCUGGCAAGGAAGAAAAAAAUAAUAUAAAACUGCAAGGAACUAUUGUUGCACGUACGAUAUUUGUUAUCGUGAAAAAGAAGUUUAAAAUGGAUGACCGACAGUAGAGCUUACUGUGAUAAAUUGGUUCCGCCGUUCAUCCGAAAGGAUUAAAAAAAAUCCAGAAAUUAAUAAUGCUGAUUAAAAGUUUCCCCUUCUGGACUAAUAUUUUAUGAGUCUGUUACAUGUCAACAGCCAUCCGGAUGGUCUGAUAUAUAUAAAAGUAGUACCGAAUUAAAAAAAAAACAAGUUUUAGUUUGACCGAAGAAAACUAGAUUUGAAAAUGAAAUUUGGAAAUUCCUUCCAAAUCUUGUUUUCUUCGGUCAAACUAAAACUUGUUAUUAAGUCUUUGGUAUUAAGAUGAAAAGUUUAAGACUCUGUCUUAUUCGCAAUAUUUGAUUGGGCUUAUUUUUUUUUUAGAAUAAGAUUUUUUUUUAGAUAAAAAUGUGAUUUAUUAAGUAUGUAUUAAGAUGAAAAGUUUAAGACUCUGUCUUAUUCGCAAUAUUUGAUUGGACUGUUUUACUUUUUUUUUAGAAUAAGAUUUUUUUUUUAGAUAAAAAUGUGAUUUAUUAAGUAUGUAUUAAGAUAAAAAGUUUAAGACUCUGUCUUAUUCACAAUAUUUGAUUGGACUGUUUUAAUUUUUUUUAAGAAUAAGAUUUUUUUUAGAUAAGAAUGUGAUUUAACUAAUGUGAACGUGAAAAAUAGCACGUCGAUAAUAAGUAAAAUGUUACUAUUGCUAAUUUAUUGCUUUGCAAUAAAAAAAUUAAGAUUUUUGAACAAGAACAAAUAAUAUGUUAAAUAUUGCAGUAUUAAGAGUGUAUCGGACGUACAGUGCAAAGUUAAUUAAAUUUCAAAAUGUAUUUAAAUAUUUACACUUUAAAUAAACUAUAUACAUAUAAAAGUUAAA